GGGAGAUCGAUCGCGAGAAGUUCGAAACUCGUGAAAGAGGAGCUUCAAGGUUGAAGAAACCAGCCGAGACUCCUUUUAAGAUCUCAUGGCGAUCCUCGUAUCUUGCGUUCCUACCAGAGCCUCGGCGCUACACACUCCAGGGGUUUCUCGUCGGCAAACGAGCACAGGUAGUAUAUCUGUAUCAGCUCGCCGCCGGCGAAUCCCCGUCGGCUUAACCACGGAGUCUUGGGGCAUCAGCUGUGUCCCGCCGAUUACAAGAGCAACACCAAUCGCUGCAGUUGAUUCAGGAGUCGGAGAGCCGCCAGCAGGAGGAAAAUUCCCAGCAGUUGAUCCAGGAGCCGGAGAACCGCCAGCGGGAGGAAAAACCUCAGCAGUUGACCCAGUACCCGGAGAACCGCCAGCACGAGGGAAAUUUUCCUUACCCAACAUACCUUCAUGGGUGAAGUUGGUCGUUGGUGCCUACUUUGCUGCAGUACCAUUUUACUGGCAGAUGAGGGCAAUGGAAGAAAGGGUGGAGGAAGCAGCAGAGGAAGCAAUGGAAGCGGUGGAAAGGGUGGCGGAGACGGCUGAGAAAAUUGCCGAAGAUGUCGCUGAAGCGUUUCCUGAGAAUAAAAGCCUAAAAAAGGCAGCAUCUAGGAUCAAGGCCAUCACAUAUGAGGUCGAGGAAGAUGCGAACAAAGCCGAGGCCCUACUUCAUAAGGUUAGAUCAAUUGCCUACUAAUUUUACUUGUUGAGCUGUGUUUCUGUGUUAGUGUAACUUAGCUAGCUCAAACCUUGAAAACAGAAUUUUUAGGGAAAACUACUUGAAGUAGCAUCAAAGAGUUUUUGACACAUGGCAAGAAAAAAUAAAGCAAUUAACUCGAUUUUUAAGUGGAUAGAACUUUUCUCCGAAAUAGGGUGCAAAGGAAUUUUUCAUAGUAUAAUCCCGAAGAAUUUUAAUUAUGUAAAUUAAACAACAUGGAAACUUUUCAAAGGAUUCAAAUUAUGUAAAUUAAACAACGCGAGAAGUUCGAAACUCGUGAAAGAGGAGCUUCAAGGUUGAAGAAACCAGCCGAGACUCCUUUUAAGAUCUCAUGGCGAUCCUCGUAUCUUGCGUUCCUACCAGAGCCUCGGCGCUACACACUCCAGAGGUUUCUCGUCGGCAAACGAGCACAGGUAUAUCUGUAUCAGCUCGCCGCCGGCGAAUCCCCGUCGGCUUAACCACGGAGUCUUGGGGCAUCAGCUGUGUCCCGCCGAUUACAAGAGCAACACCAAUCGCUGCAGUUGAUUCAGGAGCCGGAGAGCCGCCAGCAGGAGGAAAAUUCCCAGCAGUUGAUCCAGGAGCUGGAGAACCGCCAGCGGGAGGGAAAACCUCAGCAGUUGACCCAGUACCCGGAGAACAGCCAGCACGAGGGAAAUUUUCCUUACCCAACAUACCUUCAUGGGUGAAGUUGGUCCUUGGUGCCUACUUUGCUGCAGUACCAUUUUACUGGCAGAUGAGGGCAAUGGAAGAAAGGGUGGAGGAAGCAGCAGAGGAAGCAAUCGAAGCGGUCGAAAGGGUGGCGGAGACGGCUGAGAAAAUUGCCGAAGAUGUCGCCGAAGCGUUUCCUGAGAAUAAAAGCCUAAAAAAGGCAGCAUCUAGGAUCAAGGCCAUCACAUAUGAGGUCGAGGAAGAUGCGAACAAAGCCGAGGCCAUACUUCAUAAGAUUGAGCAAAUAGAGAAAGAGGUGGAUGAAGCAGUUGAUUCUAUCACGAAGAAAAAAAAAUGAAGAGAAAGAACUCAUGAACAGGAGACGAAGGGGUUGGCAAACAAAAGUAGUAGUAAAACUUACUAGUGGCAGUUGUUAACCGAGUAUAUAGAGGCAAAAUGCAUGAUUUCGUUGCUAUUAUCCUUGUAU